UACGGCAGUGGAUCUGACAUCGGCAAAUCAUGCUUCUUCCCAAUGCCGUACACGCUCAGUUCGGCUAUCGAUGAAUACCAUUGGAUAGAGUAUGAUGCACCGGUAACAGUCCUCCCAAAUAUCUUUAUGUACUGCGCAUCUGAUAAUGUUGAAGUGUGUCUACUUUUCACCGAAGAAGGCUUCGUAGCUGGUUUACAGAUUGCUGCAGAGAAAAAUAAGUUCCACGAUUCGAUGCUCGACUGGCACAUUCAAGGCUUCACGACAUGGAAGGUCGAAGUGGACGGUGUUCAGAGAGAAUUCUGGACCACUCAGCAGUAUUAUAUGUCGAAGGAAUUAUUGGAAUUGAGCAGCGAAGAACGCGUCGCAUCGUAUGACUCAAGCAAACUGGUACAAGGAGACGCAUUCUGGGUAUCCGGAUUAUACGGAAAGUUACGCAAUAUUUCCAUGACCGACACGGGAAUGCUGAAGGAAGGAUUCGUUCUAAAUAACUGUAUUGAUAGAAUGGGCCACCAUUACUAUUACAACAUGACUAAGCAGCUACCCUGCACAUCCGAAAUGAUAUUCCCCUGGUCUCCGUUGGUGAUGAAUAAUACAGUGAUCGGAGUCGCCUUGAACCUCCUUGUAAGAAGAGAAGAAGAUAGCAGUGGGAUCAAUUACUUUGAAAAAAACAUUGAAGCUGGGAUAAGGUUGACUGUGACCACGGGCCCAGAGUGUUUGUUCGCCGCCGCUGAUGACCCUGGAAUCGUCACUUUGCACGUUUACUUUAUACCUGACGCCUAUCUGAUUACCUGCCCAUAGUGGUAUGCUAACUGUACCUACAUCUGUUAUCAAUUUGUUUGCCAAUAAAGGUUCAAUAUUGAUAUUGAUUUAUAUCUUGAGUCAUUGGAUGUUUGAUGCUAUACUACGGUAAACGUUCAAUAAUGCAAUAAAUAAGUCAUAUAAUA